AUGAGAAUUAUUGUCAUCUUCAAUCUAUCAUUAUUUUCAUUUUACAAAUCAACAUAUUUUGCACGUCAACAUGUUCAUCAUCAAGCCAAGCCAAGCCAAAUUAUCUCCCAUUCCAUCGUCUCAGCUUUAUUACCAUUGUUGAUAUUAUCUCUCUCUUUCUUUCUCUCUCUCUCUCUCACACUCUCUUUCUCUCUCUCACUCUCUUUCUUCAUUGUCCUAAAACAUCCAAAUGUUCAAAGACAUAUUCCGGUCGCGACAAUGUUGAUCACUUCCUGUCGGAUGCUGGCAACUAAAUCUGUCACUGCCCUUCCCUCUUUUCAUGGACACAAAUUUUCUGGAAUUCUCUUCAGUUUCGUAAUCUCCCAAUCCUCUCUCCCUCUCCCCCUCCUUCUCUGUAAAAUAAAUCUCACAUCGGAAAGAUCUCAGUCAUGCGUCCUUCUCUAUGCCACAAGCAGGCAUGGCAUCGUUUUUGAGAGAAAGUGGCCUGUCUUUCACGCGCGGCUAGCUCGUUUCCUCUUCCUUUCUCUCCUGUCUUUAGCGAUAGUCGUUUCCAUGUCGUUCGCAUUUGAUGGUGACAAUUUUGAUGAUCUCAUCGUCUCUCCAACCAAAAAAUAA